AUGGAGGAGGAGAUGCAGCCGGCAGAGGAGGGGCCCAGCGUCCCCAAAAUCUACAAGCAGCGCGGCCCCUACAGCGUCCUCAAGACGUUCCCCGGCAAGAGGCCCGCGCUGGCCAAGCGCUACGAGCGACCCACCCUGGUGGAGCUGCCGCACGUGCGGCCGCCCCCGCCGCCCUUCGCCCCGCACGCCGCGGUCUCCAUCAGCAGCAGCGAGCCGCCGCCGCCGCCGCCGCAGCAGUUCCAGGCGCAGGGAUCUUUCCCCCCCGGGCCCGGCCGGGCCAACGCCGCCGCGUCGUCGUCGUCUCCGUCCGGCACGCCCGCCGCGUCCCAGGGCCACCUGAGGACUACGGCGCCGCCGCCCGCGGCCCCCGCCGCGUCAUCAUCCUCCUCUUUCGCCGCCGUCGUCAGGUACGGGUCGAGCCCGGCGGCCGCCGCGGGCAGCAGCAGCAGCACGGGCGGCGACGGCGCCAGCCUGGAGCUCAGCGCAGAGAGUCGUAUGAUCUUGGACGCUUUUGCUCAACAAUGCAGCCGAGUCCUUAGCCUCUUAAAUUGUGGAGGCAAACUUCUAGACUCCAACCAUUCUCAAUCCAUGAUAUCUUGUGUGAAGCAGGAAGGCUCAAGUUACACUGAAAGACAGGAACCAUGUCCUGUUGGCAAAGGGGUCCACAGUCAGACCUCAGACAAUUUAGACAUUGAGAUGCAAUAUAUGCAAAGGAAACAACAAACUUCUGCAUUUCUGAGAGUUUUCACUGACUCCCUGCAAAAUUACCUGCUCUCAGGGAGCUUUCCAACUCCAAACACCUCCUCGGUCAGCGAGUACGGCCACCUGGCGGACGUGGACCCCCUGUCGGCAUCCCCCGUGCACACGCUAGGUGGCUGGACCUCCCCAGCAACCUCUGAAUCCCAUGGCCACCCGUCAUCUUCUACGCUGCCUGAGGAGGAAGAAGAGGAGGAAGAGGAAGGCUACUGUCCCCGAUGCCAAGAGCUGGAGCAGGAGGUGAUCUCACUGCAACAAGAAAAUGAAGAGCUCAGAAGAAAGUUAGAGAGCAUCCCAGUGCCCUGCCAGGCCGUGUUAGAUUACCUGAAGACGGUGUUGCAGCAUCAUAACCAGCUGGCGGCCCCGCAGCCCGCCGACCAGCCAGCCGAGGGAAGCAAGCAGCUGUUGAACAACUAUCCUGUCUACAUAACGAGCAAACAGUGGGAUGAGGCUGUAAAUUCUUCCAAGAAAGAUGGGAGGCGGCUCCUUCGAUACCUCAUCAGAUUUGUUUUCACUACCGAUGAGCUUAAGUACUCAUGCGGCCUUGGAAAAAGGAAAAGGUCAGUGCAGUCAGGAGAGACAGGUCCUGAAAGACGCCCUCUGGAUCCAGUUAAAGUAACAUGCCUCCGAGAAUUCAUUAGGAUGCACUGUACCUCCAACCCUGACUGGUGGAUGCCUUCAGAGGAGCAGAUAAACAAGGUGUUCAGCGAUGCUGUGGGUCACGCCCGGCAGGGGCGAGCCGUGGGCACUUUCCUGCACAACGGAGGCUCCUUUUAUGAAGGGAUCGAUCACCAGCCUUCCCAGGAUGAAGUCUUCAAUAAAAAUUCCCAGGAUGGAUCUGGUGAUUAG